UAUAUCGGAGUUAGUAAUGCACGAUGCGAGCUUAUAAGCAUAACUGGUUAUAUAUCUUUUAAUCUACAAAAUUGGGUGGAUGGGGCAAGGGAUUCUAGUGAUAAUGAUUUAAACUUUGGAGUGACUUCAAUUGAGUUUUGCAACAAUGUUUGGUGGGUGUGACCCUAUCGAUGUCAACAACACAACAGAAGUCACACUUGACGUAGAAAUUCUUCACACAAAGUGUUAUAGAGUCUUAAGUAUAUUUUAUGCUGCGGUUCUGGCUGUCGGAAUUUUACUGUCUUUGACCAUUGCUAUGAUCUGUUAUCGAAGAAGAAAGUUUCAUGGGGAGAAGAAUUUGAUUGGUGUAUCUCCAUGGAGAAGAAAUAAGGGAAGACAGCAAGUUCAGCUUCUGUUGUCUAGACGACUCUCGAUAAACGACUUAACAAACAGCGGCAAUGAUUUUGAGUUUUACAUGACACAUUCAAGCGAUUGGAAUAAAGGUGCAAACAUAAACAAACUUCCCCCAUUCCCAUCUUCUGAAGACGAAGGACUACUUUUUCCGUCUGGUGGUGUUAACCAAGCAUCUCAACAAGAAAUACCUGUCAAGUUGGACGUCACCACUGAUAGUAUUACGUGCAUCACGACGUCAGUUGGAAGAGAAAGCUCAGAAAACGUAACAGAGGUCAACGUAUCGGUAAGGAGAGGAGACAAAUCUGGAGCAAUAAGGAAACAAAAGAAAGACAAUGCUUAUACCUGCGGUCAACAAGUGAAAGGUAGGAGGUGUAAAAAAGAAAAUUCAUAUCAGAACAGCGGUAGUAAUACAAAUCAUUUUGAGAUUGAGGAAGCGAAAAAUGCAUACGACAAAAAGAACAAUGCAGCGUGUGAGAAGAAGAAAUAUGAAUAUUCUUGUGUGAGAGUGGAGAGAGAUUCUUCGUUAAAGAAACAGAAUAACAGUGAUUCGGUAAAAGAUUGUACAUUCCUUUCUCAGAAAUUGGAAAACAUUGAAAGUGACAGCAAAUAUCAUUCAUUCGACGAAACAUAUGACUCUGACGGUAAAAUAGACAUAGAAGCUGUUCUUAAAUGGGAAAGCAAUACUCUGAAUCAGCGCAAAAGAAAAACAGACAAGGUUUUAGACUCUCCAAAUUGGCGAACAAUUGACCGAAUAAAGUAUUUCGAGAAAGAACUGUCACAUGCAAAAAGAGAGAAUAAUACUUUAGAUCGAAAAUACAGUCCAAAAGAUGUCCUGUUCACUCAAAAUCGCUUUACGUUUGACAAUAAGGAACCCGUGAUGAAAAAGCAAUCUGACAAUUUCUUGAAUCAAACCCAUUGUUUGGAAGAAUACAUACCAGAUUCUCCAAACGGCAUCACGAAGGACAUGCACAAACCUCUGAUUAAGCAAUUGACAACUUUGAAUGAAAGGAACAACAUUUCUGACCAGGGUAAUAGCCCAACCGAUUUUCCCCCAAGUUCCCCAAACAGCCAUACUAAAGAUAGAACGAGAAAUGUUAAUAAAGAAUCGGCAAUGUCAAAUAAGGAGAACUACGCCUUGGAUAGGAACAAUGAUCAAAUCGAUCAUAUUCCGGGUUCUCCAAUCGGCUACAGAGGGGACCGCAAAAGACAAUUGACAGCUUCAAGUGCGGAAAACAACACGUUCAAUCGGAACCUUAGUCUUGUAGAGUUUCUCCCAAACUCUCCCGACAGAAUUAAAAUAGAUGGUGCAAUCUAUAAAACGAGGAGCAAUGAAUGACUUCAGCUAAAUCAGAAAGUGAAUAGCAAAAGUCAUGGAAACUUACAUGCAAUAAUUUUUUGAGGGAACUGAAAGACCAAUGAAGCUGUGUUCAUUUGAGAGGGAGUUAUGUUUUUGUAUUAUCCAUUGAUACGGACAAUGUUAAUUCAGUGUACACUAAACCUAAUUCAGUUCAAUAUCAAAUGUAUGAAACCUUAUUAUAACAGUUUAGUAUAAUUGUGGCCUAUUUUAAUCAAACAUAACUCCACAAGUUAGCUAAAAAAAAAGGUAUAAGGUAAUUAACAACAUUUCGUCAAUUUAUAAAAAAAACCUUUUAUCUCUUAUAUAGUAAAUAGUUGGACACUUUGUUAUAUAUCAAUUUUGUUGGUGUCUUUUGUCAAAAUUAGAAUGCCAGACGCGCGUUUCGUCUAUAACAUAACACUAACAUAAGUGACACUUACGUCAAAAUAGUUAUAAAACCAAACAAGUAAAAAGUUGAAGAGCAUUGAGGAUCCAAAAUUCCAAAAAGUUGUGCCAAAUACGGCUAAGGUCAUCUAUGCCUGGGAUAAGAAAAUCCUUAGUUUUACGAAAAAUUUAAAGGUAUAACCUAUUGUGUCUGUUUUCGUUCUUCAUCCAAUUUAUAGCUGCACUAUCAACAACUGUCAUACAAGUUGGAUGUUGAGCUAUCUGUAAAACCAUUUUUAACCAACCAGUUUCAUCGGAAACUGCCAGUAUCAAGUCAAGGAAUAUGACAGUUGUCCUGCAUUCCUGUUCGUUGGUUGAUAAAGUCUGGCGUUUUAUUUGGUUAGUUUGCAUAUACUUCCUCCCUUCUGAGUUCACAUUGGAGUUCGGUAUUAUUGUUUAUACAUUUUCGCAAAGUUGGAAUAAACUAAAUUAUUUUCAAUUAAUUACUAUCACAUAUGAUAUUAAUUCAAAUACUUAAUAAAUGUACUUAUAAUG